GAAGGGAUGCGGAGGCUGCACACAGCUCUGGGUUUGCAGGCGUGUGGAAGUUGUUGAAAUAGGUAAAGGGUUGCAACUGGCAUUUGGAAAAUGGUAACUAUUUCUUUAGUUACUUACAUCACGGAUGAAUAUAAGGGAAAACUGGGCCACUAAGAAUUUUUCCUGUUUUGCAGUUUGCUGUCAGCAGAAGGUAAAAAAUGUCCUUGAAAAUAUACAAUUUUACAUAAACAGCUGAUGUUUACAUAAUCCUAGAUAAGUUUGUGAAAAACACAGAUAGUAGAAGAUGCGGUGUUAGCUAAACUUGGUUAUCCUGCUGUUUGUCUGUGUAAUAGUUUAUCUUUUUUUUUUUCUUUUUUGUCUUGUUGCAGUGUAAGAACAAAGUGACCAGCUGCACCUUUACCAAAGCAACCACCUACAUUCCUCCUCUCCUCUGGAAUGGACAAUGGGAUGGUCUCUGACUUUAUCAUGAUCAAAAACUUAUUCCUCUUCUGCAUUUCCAUGAGUUUAGCCAGCCACUUCGGCUUCUCGCAAACACCAACAGCAUCGGGAAAAGAGGACGCCAAUGAUAACAUCACUAUAUUCACCAGGAUCUUGGAUGGUCUGCUGGACGGCUACGACAACCGACUGCGCCCGGGACUGGGAGAAAGAAUAACUCAGGUGAAAACAGACAUCUAUGUUACCAGUUUUGGUCCUGUGUCAGACACAGAAAUGGAAUACACCAUUGACGUUUUUUUCCGACAAAGCUGGAAAGAUGAAAGGCUGCGAUUUAAAGGACCUAUGCAACGCCUCCCUCUUAACAACCUGCUCGCCAGCAAGAUUUGGACCCCGGACACUUUUUUCCACAAUGGCAAGAAGUCUAUUGCUCACAACAUGACAACCCCAAACAAACUUCUGCGCCUGGAGGAUGACGGCACGCUGCUGUAUACCAUGAGGUAAUAACCGGGAUCAAUUUCUUCUGAUGCUGAUUCCCAACUAGCUCUGCAAAUACCUGUGGGGAGUGUCACUUCCCUCACUCCUAGUAGAGCCCAGCACCAGUCUUUCACACAUAUUUAUGUGAAUAUCAAGAAAAAUGGAAAACAUAAUCACUGCCUACAAGUACCAAUUAAUUUGUAG